AUGGCAGAAUUACUAGCCUACGGGCUGCACCCGGACCGGACGCCCUCCAAACUCGUCUCGCGCGCAAAAUCGUCAAAUGCACUCGCAGACAUGGCUGCCGUCGUCGCCCAGGGUCCUACCCGCCGCUCCCACGAGCGAGACCGAGAUCGAGAUCGGUCAGAGAACUCGCUCUCGACCCUCCGCGACCCGCGGGUGGCCAGCACCUCGGAUCUCUCCCGCACAACCUCGACUUCUUCCACCUCACACCAUCCGGACCUGAGUAACGAGGUUGCCAACCUCAGUGACAAGCUGAUACAGGCCAUCAACCACCAGACCCUGCUGGAUGACAGUCUGGCAGUGGCUCGCCAGGAGCUGGAAGAGGAGAGGAGGAAGAGGAGCACGGUAGAGAAGGAGAAGAAGGGAAUCGAGACGGAGCUGGAGACAUUGACUGCUGCCUUGUUCGAGGAAGCUAAUAAGAUGGUUGCUGCAGCAAAGAAGGAGCGGGAAGCAGUUGAGCGUAAGAAUGAACAGCUUAGAGCUCAGAUAAAGGACACAGAAAUGCUGCUUGCAUCACACCAGGAACAGCUCGCCGAAUUGAAAUCCGUCAUCGAGCAGAUGAACGACCGACAUGACGAUCCCGACACAGCUACCACCUCGACAUCAGCGAAUUCUCCCUCCGACCUGUUCGCUGAACCAUCACACAUCAACCGUCUCUUCGAAGCCAUGAACCUCUGCCCAGUCACCCCGGGAUCAGACGACAUCCCACCUGCUCCCUCUACAAGCUUCACACACCUCCUCAAACCGGUCUGUCGCACAGACAUCCUUGCCUACGAAGACUUUCACACCCUCCUGCAGCUGUCCCGUUCAAAACCACCAAGUCGUGUGGGGAGUGGCUCCUACAGUGGUUUAAAUGUCAUGAACUUGGCCAACCUAGCCUCUGCCCGACCAAAAUCGACAACACACACUCCAACCAACUCCCAAGACACCAAUAACAACAAUAACAGUCCGGCAGGCACGCAUUCUUCCUCUUCUCCAUCCCCACCACAUGGCAUAUCUUCUUCGCCCCGGGAAAACAUCACAUCCUCCAUGCAACUCAAGGAGACUCGCUUCUACAAACGCAUACUCACAGAAGACAUCGAGCCCACUCUACGGCUGGACAUGGCCCCAGGAAUAUCAUGGCUUACACGCCGUUCUGUGAUGAGCAGCAUAGUCGACGGCGAACUCAUCAUCGAACCUAUCCCGACAAACAAUGGCAACUCACACUCCGACCUCCCGUCCCCACCGUCAACUCCGUCAAGCAUGUCCAGCACCUCCAUCCCUUGCACUCUAUGCGGCGACCGUCGUCUAUCCGAUAAUCCGCGAACACACCGUUUCCGUACCUCGAGCUCAGACAAUGCUCCACGCCAUGCUCUGUGUGCACUCUGUCUAGAGAAGAUGCGCUCUUGCUGCGAUUUCGUGGGUUAUCUUAGGCUCGUGGUUGAUGGACAUGUGAGGACCGGAGGAGGGGAAGGAGAAGGCCGAGAGAGAGAGAAAGAGGCAUGGGAGGAGACUGUUAGGUUGAGAGAAAGGAUCUUUUGGGCCCGUGUCGGUGGUGGUGUUGUUCCCGCUUUUGUCGUGGGGAAGAAGGACGAGAAUAUAGAGAAGGCUGAGCAGAAUGGACGCUCCCACCGCUCCCGCUACACUAUCAACAGCAGCAGCAGUAACCAAGCCCAAGUUACGGACCCUAUCUUCCUCUCCUUCUCGUUAUCGUUCUCGCUCCCCGUCACCAGCUUCCACCGCGAAAGCUACAAUCUCCAAAACCGCCAGAAAAGCAUCUCCUUCGCCCGCUUCCUCUCCAUCCCCACGACUCCUCCGUCGCCUCGCUCCCGUCCCACAAACUACGUCCACGCUCACCAAAACCACAUCCCCAGACAGCAACCGUGGCAAAACGCCUUUGCCCAUAACGCUCCGUGCGACCCCAAAUACGACUCCCAAGCCAGCCCCAUCCACAGCAGGGCCCGGAGCGAGCGAGAGCAAGCUAAAAGUUAA